UUAAUGACUUGUCCCAUCAUGAAACUGACCUAUUCUGCUUUAUUACAUAUUCAUUUGUCAUUAAUUAGGUAUUUGUCAAUCAGAGGUUACUGGGCAGUUAAAAAAUAAAUAAAAAUCUCAUGUAUUUGAUCACUUUAGCCAGCCCUACAGACCAGCGUUUAGGGGUCUCCUGUUUAGGAAUGAAACUUCUGUCAUUUAGGUAGACCCCCCCCUCCCUUCUAUGCCCAGACAGCAAUGAUAGUGUAUAGACUAGUACUGCAUGUGUAUAGACUAGUACUGCAUGUGUAUAGGCAUUCUUAACUCUCACAAGAAAAUAGCACUCAGUCUGCUUUUUGUGUGGUUCUGCUAAAUUAUUUUAAAGUGAUAAUCAAAGUAUGAGCUUCAGAGCCAUACAUUCUGUAGCCGUGCUGGGUCACCCCUCAUCCCCGGGCUCCUGAGACAUGCCCAUUAGACGCAUGCUCCCUGAAAGCUUGUCUGGGGUUGUGUAGGUUAACUUGCUUUCAUGGUCACCGAUUCUAAUAUCUUUUGCAAGCAUGACAUUUGCAUAAUGUAGCUGUGAACUUGACUUCAUCUCAAAUUAUUUUUGCUUGCAUACCUGCCGAAUCAUCAUCAACCCAACCCAACCCCCCCCCCCCCAUUACUUCUAUUGUUAGUGGGAGACUUAGGAGGGAGUUCCUUGCAUGUUCUGUGUAACCUUUCACCUACCCAGUCCCAGUCCGCCUUGUCUUUAGUUUCCACAGCCUCUGUGUUCCCAACAUCAACAAGCAGCCUUAGUUACCAAGGCCUUGAGCCAUGUGCAGAGGUGGGAAAACCUCAUACACCCAAAACUUCUUAUACCUUUCAAGCCUUCUUUUCUUUAAAGCAGGAUGUGAAUAGCUGAUCUUUAUGUAUAUAUGAAACAAGGAGUAUUCCUGUGGUCUUUUGUGCAGUGCCGGCAACACCCUGGAAUAUACUCUUCAGCAUUCUCUGCUCCAGGCAAAGUGCCUAGGGCAGCCGGCUUGAAUGAAGCUCUCAGAGAAAAAAUCUGCCAUUCCGUUUACCUUUUAUGGUUAAAAUAACAGCUUAGCAGAGAGGCAACUUCACGGAGAAACGAUUUUCUUCAAAUCGACUCAGGCGGCAGGCGAGCUAGUUUAAUCACCCCUAGAGAGCUGAACAACUGUGAGCACAAUGGGACACAGAAUCAUUUUGUGUGUAAAUGAGCAUGGCAUCCUGAUUACUUCACUUUACAUGGGCAAAUAGCUUUUACAAGCAACAUUUGUGCAGUUAGUCGUCAGAGGCAGGGGGAAGAUAAUCUGCCUUUUCAAAGAACUUGAUGUGCUGUUCUGAAGGAAGGGGUGGAGGUGGGGGGAGACAAUGAAAAAAAAAAAGAAGACAUUUCCCAGAUAAUUUGAAGGCCUGGCAGUAUUGGUUUUGCCUACAGCAAAACAAGCCAUCACCCAAUACCCCAUGUAUCAAGGCCACCCUCCCUUUUGUAGGCAAUUAAAGGCAGUGAUUCUUUUAAGAACACUGACUAGUGUAAUAGUGUAUAACCCAGGGUAUGGUAGAACAGACCAGAGCCACAAGGGUUGGACCAGUCCCAGAAGCCAGGUAGCCAGUAUGGCGAAAGACUACAGCACUUGAAGGUCACUGGGCCAUCACUAUUAAUGUCAAUAAAAGCACAUGGACCUGUCUACUAAGUGCCUACCAACUCCUGAACUGUACAUUAUUCUUGCCAGUGUGAAGGAACAAAGGCAAAAAAUAAAAAUGAUGAGAUGGACAGAGUACGAGGAUGUGAGCAAUGGAAGAUUCACUUGGGGUUGCAAGGUUGGAAGAACAGUCGAAAAGGACGAAGGCAGCAUGUCCCGUCUGUCUCUAACGCGUUCGCCGGUCUCCCCGUUGGCUUCGCAAGGAAUUCCUCUCCCUGCCCAACUCACCAAAUCCAACGCACCUGUCCACCUUGACGUAGGGGGACAUAUGUACACGAGCAGCCUAGCUACCUUGACGAAGUACCCCGACUCCAGAAUAAGUCGUCUAUUUAAUGGUACAGAACCCAUCGUGUUGGACAGUUUAAAACAGCACUACUUCAUCGAUCGGGAUGGGGAGAUCUUCCGCUAUAUCUUAAGCUUCCUACGGACCUCUAAGCUGCUGCUUCCGGAAGAUUUUAAGGAAUUGAACCUGCUGUAUGAAGAAGCCAAAUACUACCAGCUGCACCCAAUGGUGAAGGAACUUGAGCGAUGGAAACAGGACAGGGAGCACCGAAAACACUUUCAGCCUUGUGACUGUCUCGUGGUGCGUGUGACUCCAGACCUUGGCGAGAGGAUUGCACUGAGUGGGGAAAAGGCAUUAAUAGAGGAGAACUUUCCAGAGACCGGCGAUGUCAUGUGCAACUCUGUAAAUGCUGGAUGGAACCAAGACCCAACCCACGUCAUCAGGUUUCCACUAAACGGCUAUUGCCGAUUAAACUCCGUUCAGGUACUCGAAAGACUGUUUCAAAAGGGAUUCCACGUGGCUGCCUCAUGCGGUGGCGGAGUUGACUCCUCACAGUUUAGCGAAUACGUAUUGUGCCGGGAGGACAGGCGGGUGCAGCCGAACACAAUGAGGAUAAAACAGGAGCCUCUGGACUGAUUCCGAAUGGUGUCAUUUUUAUGGCCGAUGAAGUGUUCUAAAGUCCUCGAUGUGAAAAACUUCAGGACCUGCUUAACAGUAUUAACAGACUCGAUAUGACUUUUUGUUGCCAGUUCGUGAUAUUUUAUAAAGACGACUUUGCAAAGUGGACAGACACUCGGCGCUUGAAAGAAAAAAAAACAAGAAAAAAAAACAAAGGGGGUCCAGGGGGACUGGUACUCAACGCGACAGCUGUGCUGUAAAGACAAAAAGUCUCACCAAGUGGAAUUGCUUUCUCUAUAUUGGAAUCUCACUGCCCACGGGAACCAGAGGAACAAAAUAUUCAAGGGGGUCCAGUCUCCAGUCCAAUUAAUGAUAUUACAGACACGUAAAAUAAGACACAUUUUUCCUCUAUUUAAUGCAUCCAGUCGACUGAUCCUUGCAAUUACCUGAUUAAUCAUAUAUUUGGUCGAAUGAAAAGCUGAUUUAAAAAAAAAAAGGAUUUGCUUUUUGGAUGGGUAACUGUGACAUUCAGUACUGGACUGAGGAGCACAAAAAAAUGUGUCAACUAGACUAUCCAUACUGUAACUGUUUUGGUUGUUUUAGUAUUUUGAUGCAUUCUGUAACGCUGUAUUUUUAAUGACAAAGGGAUUCAGAUCGAGGAAAUCACUCAAACCGACAAUAUUUGUCUCUGAAGCAGCUUCCACACUUCAAGCGACUCUCUCGAGAAGUUUAAAAUCAAAACACAGGUCCCUGCGAGA